CCCCGCCCCCGCCACCCCGGUCACCCACAACGGUGAGAAGCCGGCCUCGGCGCGCGGCCACCAUGUCCGCGCCGUCUGAGGAGGAGGAGUACGCGCGGCUGGUGAUGGAGGCGCAGCCAGAGUGGCUGCGCGCCGAGGUCAAGCGGCUGUCCCACGAGCUGGCCGAAACCACGCGUGAAAAGAUCCAGGCGGCCGAGUAUGGGCUGGCGGUGCUCGAGGAGAAGCAUCAGCUCAAGCUGCAGUUCGAGGAGCUCGAGGUGGACUACGAGGCCAUCCGCAGCGAGAUGGAGCAGCUCAAGGAGGCGUUUGGCCAGGCACACACGAACCACAAGAAGGUGGCCGCAGAUGGUGAGAGCCGCGAGGAGAGCCUGAUCCAGGAGUCUGCCUCCAAGGAGCAGUACUAUGUGCGGAAGGUGCUAGAACUGCAGACAGAGCUAAAACAGCUCCGCAAUGUCCUCACCAACACCCAGUCUGAAAAUGAGCGCCUCACCUCGGUGGCUCAGGAGCUGAAGGAGAUUAACCAGAACGUGGAGAUCCAGCGCGGCCGUCUGCGCGAUGACAUCAAGGAAUACAAGUUCCGGGAGGCCCGCCUCCUGCAGGACUACUCAGAGCUGGAGGAGGAGAACAUCAGCCUGCAGAAGCAAGUGUCUGUCCUCAGGCAGAACCAGGUAGAAUUUGAGGGCCUCAAGCAUGAGAUCAAGCGUCUAGAGGAAGAGACCGAGUACCUCAAUAGCCAGCUGGAGGACGCCAUUCGGCUUAAGGAGAUCUCGGAGCGGCAGCUGGAGGAGGCUCUAGAGACGCUGAAGACCGAGCGGGAGCAGAAGAACAACUUACGCAAGGAGCUGUCGCACUAUAUGAGCAUCAAUGACUCCUUCUACACCAGCCACCUGCAGGUCUCCUUAGAUGGCCUCAAGUUCAGUGAUGACGCCGCCACUGCUGAGCCCAACAAUGAUGCUGAAGCCCUGGUCAAUGGCUUCGAGCAUGGUGGUCUGGUUAAACCAUCGCUGGACAACAAGACGUCCACACCCAGGAAGGAUGGCCUGGCACCCCCCUCCCCUAGCCUCGUUUCUGACCUGCUCAGUGAGCUGCACAUAUCCGAGAUCCAGAAGCUGAAGCAGCAGCUGGUGCAGAUGGAGCGGGAGAAGGUGGGCCUGCUGGCAACGCUGCAGGACACACAGAAGCAAUUGGAACAGGCACGAGGCUCCCUUUCUGAGGAGCAGGAGAGGGUGAGCCGUCUAACAGAGAACCUGAGUGCCCUGAGGCGCCUGCAGGCUGGCAAGGAACGACAGACAGCCCUGGACAACGAGAAGGACCGUGAUAGCCAUGAAGACGGCGACUACUAUGAGGUGGACAUCAAUGGGCCUGAGAUUCUGGCCUGCAAGUACCAUGUGGCUGUGGCCGAGGCUGGUGAACUCCGGGAGCAGCUCAAAGCACUACGUAGCACGCACGAAGCUUGUGAGGCUCAGCAUGCCGAGGAGAAGGGCCGCUACGAGGCUGAGGGGCAGGCACUCACUGAGAAGGUCUCCCUGUUGGAAAAGGCCAGCCACCAGGACCGUGAGCUCCUGGCCCGGCUGGAGAAGGAGCUGAAGAAAGUGAGCGAUGUGGCUGGCGAGACCCAGGGCAGUCUGAGCGUGGCUCAGGAUGAGCUGGUGACCUUCAGUGAGGAGCUGGCCAACCUUUACCACCAUGUGUGCAUGUGCAACAAUGAGACACCCAAUCGUGUCAUGCUGGAUUACUACCGUGAGGGCCAGGGCAAGGCUGGCCGCAUUAGCCCCGGGGGCCGCACCAGCCCUGAGGGCCGUGGGCGUCGUUCACCUAUUCUUCUGCCCAAGGGGCUGCUGGCCACAGAGGGAGGCCGAGCAGAUGGUGGGACUGGGGACAGCAGCCCCUCACCCAGCUCUUCACUGCCAUCACCCUUGAGUGACCCCCGCCGGGAGCCUAUGAACAUCUACAACCUGAUUGCCAUCAUCCGUGACCAGAUUAAGCACCUGCAGGCCGCCGUGGACCGCACAACCGAGCUGUCUAGGCAGCGCAUUGCCUCGCAGGAACUGGGCCCCGCUGUGGACAAGGACAAGGAGGCACUCAUGGAGGAGAUCCUCAAGUUGAAGUCGCUGUUGAGCACCAAGAGGGAGCAGAUCACCACACUGCGCACAGUGCUCAAGGCCAACAAGCAGACAGCCGAGGUGGCCCUGGCCAACCUGAAGAGCAAAUACGAGAAUGAGAAGGCCGUGGUGACCGAGACCAUGAUGAAGCUGCGCAACGAGCUCAAGGCCCUCAAGGAAGACGCGGCUACCUUCUCCUCACUGCGCGCCAUGUUCGCCACCAGGUGUGAUGAGUACAUCACGCAGCUGGAUGAGAUGCAGCGGCAGCUGGCAGCUGCCGAGGACGAGAAGAAGACACUUAACUCCCUGCUGCGCAUGGCCAUCCAGCAGAAGCUAGCGCUGACCCAGCGGCUGGAGCUCCUCGAGCUGGACCACGAGCAGACUCGACGGGGCCGCAGCAAGGCCGCCCCCAAGGCCAAGCCAGCCACCCCGAGCGUAAGUCACGCCUGCGCCUGCGCCAGCGAGAGGGCUGAGGGCCCUGGGCGGGCCAACCAGGUGUUCUGCAGCGAGAAGCACAGCAUUUACUGUGAUUAGGGCUGUGGGCGCCGCACGCUGCAGCUAAUGUCUGCUUCACUCAACUAACCCAGCCGCAGUGGGACAGCUGUGCUAGGCCAGAUUUAACGUGACUAAUGCACAGAGGGUAGGAUUCUAGUCAAGCAGCGUGGGGCACAUCUGUCACCAGGACACGCCUGUGAGCUUUGUGUCACCUCCCGCUCUGCAGCCGCCCCACUCUUGCCCUGAACACCCCGGGUCAGUUGCUGUCUUGGGGGUGGGGUGGGGGAGAGAAUGGCCAGAGGUAGAGAUGGGUCUGUUCACCUUUGUGGAAGACAGUGGGUGGAAGUGUCCUCUAGGGGCCCAGGCACUGUUAGGAAACCCAAGGGAGAGUUCGGGUCCUGCUCCCUGGGCACCCGCAGAGGGGGAGGACCCAAGUUGAAACUUGCAUGUUCCUCGCAUGUGUCUCGUGUCAGCACCUGAAAGCCGUUUUAUGAGGCUGUGGCUGCAUCACAGGUCCAGCCUCAGGGUACUCUGAGGUUGGUGUAGUUUCAUGGAAAGAGUUGUUUUAGUUUGUGCAGCAUCUCACUGCAGAUCACACUCAGAACAGAAGUACACUACUUCUUCCCCAAACCUAGAGGAGAAUGGCCCUGAGCUCCUGCAUUCUGCAGCCGAGACCACGCACCUCACCAUAGCCCAGGAGAGCUGAGCUCGGCAGCCUGAUGUGUCUUCUCUGAGAUCUGUAUGCUGACUACUGGCCUGUGAGGUGACAGGUUGGCCUAGGGUCUUCUUUUUUUUUUUAAAUGACAACAGUGUUUCAAGUGCCUGGCCAGACAUCUGUCCUUGGUGCAAAGCCUAUCCUUUUGCACUCAAGUAACCCCAGCUGCCUGUGCUCAGGCCUUCCUUGAAGGGGUUUUUAGACCUGAAGAAACAGUUUUCAGAGCUGCCCAUGGGCAAGGAUGAAUUGUACAGAUGUAACGGAACCCAGCCUGGCUAGGAGAGCUGCCAUGCCUAGGACAGGCAGUUAGGAGGUAGGUGGUCUCUAUUGCUAUUUGGGGGUAUGGCUGAAGGAAGAAAAGUAGCCAUAGGUUCUCCUUGUUUGGAAGCACAGUCAGUGCUGAGCUGUGGCAUCAGGCAUCUGAGUUCAUGCAUUACAAGUAGAACUCAUCGCAGUAUUUUGUUUCCUGAUCCCUGUAGGGCAUCCAGACCAGAGCCUACUAUCUCCUCCCUCACAGCUACUUUCCCCAUGGCAAGGCAGCUGGCACUGGUAUAGAUGUGAGGCCGUGCUGCCCUCAACCAGUGUCUGCCCCGUCGUCUUCUUUGGUGCCGAGGGUGUCCUGUUCGCUUCCAGGUUCUAGGCAGCCCACUGGAGUGCAGAACAGGCCAUCUGCCCCUGCAUGUCCAUCCUGGGGAUGGCUGCCUGCAUGCCCGCCCGCCUGCCCGCCCGCCGUCUGCCUUUCCUCCUUACCGGGCUAUAAUGCAGCUUCUCCUGUUCUUGUUAAGGGGCUUUGCGGGCACCUGAACCACCCACCCCCCUAACUCACACACAGGUCUCCUUUGCCAACUAACGUGCUCGCUCACUCCCUCCUGGCAGAAGAGAUUUAGUUGUCAAGUGAGCAGGGAGUGACAGGUGACCGAUUUCUAACCCUAUCUUGUUUUCUCCCAUUUUCAGCUGUAGAGUAGCUGCUGGGAGGAUGUGGCCGUCGGGCCCUGUCACACUGCAGCCCUUCCCCUACCCUCCCCCCCCACCCCGUGGCCCAUGCAGAGGAAGGGCAGGCAGCCUAAGAGUCCACUUAGGAAUGUUUUGGAUAUGCCACUGCAAUUCUUUUCAAAAUAGCAUUCCCCGGGUUUUUCAUGGGAAGACAAAAAGCUUUAAUGUUAAGAUUGCUGCGAGCUGCUGCUUGGAAAGGCCUCCGUGCGGCCGAAGAACCCGCUUCCACAGCCGCCACCAGGCUUGCGAGAGGCCUGCUGGAAUGCCCGCCACAGGGCCUCCUUAUUCCACAUGGUCCUUUUUUUUUUUUUUUUUUUAUCCGAUCAACCUGUGCACUUUUGAUAUUUUGAUAUUAUAUUUGCUUCCUUAACUCCUCGCAUAGAGACGGUCUCCGGUGCCGUGGUCUGUGCCCGUGGUCCUGUAGCUGUCUGUCUUAGCUCUGGUGCGCCGCUCUGUCGUCGGCACGAGGCAGAGCUGUGCUCCGUAGUGUGUAGCUAGACUGGAAAGGAUGCGGCGACCCGGCGAGGAGCUCAGCUAGUGUCUCCCUGCUGUGGUUCAGCAGCCUUCCGAUUACACGGCACUAUGGUUCAUGUUUGAAAUUACAGAUUUUAAAUGCCAUGUUCAUUAAGAAAUCCAGGGUAUUCCAAUUCUGGGGUUUUUCAUAUUGUAUUAUUAUUAUUCUUAGGAAUAGUUCAAUGUAACAAGAAGAAAACUUGACCUUUGCUCUGGUUAAAACAGUAAUAGGCACUUGAAAAAAAGCAUAAAUUAUUGAAUGAGUAGUAUUACCUACAAAUUCCAGAGUUUUCUGGGUUUUAGGACAUUGUGAAGCAUGACUGAUUAACAGAAUUUUAUACAACUGUACCAGUGAAAUUCCAAAUUGGAAUUGUUUUGUAAUUCUGGUUGUUGUGCCAAAUUGUGGUACACUUAGGAAAUUCUCCAGUUGUCGAUUUUUAGGGUGUUCAAUUUCAACACCUUUUUGUUAGUAAUCAUUGCCAGUAGUGCCUUCAUCAGUUACGGGAGGUGUCCCAGCGAAGUUAAUUCUCUAUAAUGGACAGUGACGAGCUAGUUGGGAAUGCUGAAGGCCAGUGUGGACCAGUAGGUGGAAGCAGGCACCUGCCUCACACUUUGUACCUGGGCAUCUUCAUUGAGGGAAAGAAAACAGCAAUUGUGCAAAAUUCUGUUAGUCAGUGAUUCUUUACUUACAAAUUCAGGGGCUUAGAACACACACGCACACACACACACACACACACACACACGACACAAAACCUUGAGUGUGCUUUGGGAACCAAAUGGACUUUAUGAGACAAGCUAAGCAAGCUGUAUGAGCACCACGUUUGUGAAGAGCUGAGGGCGUCAGGAGUCGGCACAGCCGGCACAUGAGCAGGGGUGAGGGUUAGCCAUAGUAUUCUUUGCAAAUGUGAAAACGAGACAUUAUAUCUUCUCUUGCUUGGUGUAACGAAUCACUGUUAAUUUCAGGAAACAGAACUCAUUUAAACUCCUUAGCAAACUAUUUGCUAAGUGGGGUUCAUGGGUGUGGUCAGAUUGGUACUAGGGGAGGAAGGAAAACUGUCCUCUGUCCUCCAAAAAAGGGGCAAAUUAUGAUAAUAUAAAUUACAAGAAUAGAAGAAUUCUGUUUCCUGGAAUGAGCGUUUCUUAUUCCUAGUUGUUGGGACUCAUUUUUACCUUCUGUUACAGUGUUGAUUCAUAAGAUAUUGUUACAUUUGAGAUAACGUCACCAGUAUGGGGUAUUUAUUUGCAAUGAUGUCUAAGUACUGUAUUUUUUUCUGUGCAUUAUCUUAGUGUCAGAGUGUCUUUAUUUUAAAGUCAUAUGCAUGUUCUCCUGCCAAGGAACCUUUACACAGACCCAAACAAACAAAUAAUAAUAUGCAAAUGCCUUCAGUUUCUGAGAAAAUGAGGCAAUGUGUGAAAAAGGGAUAGGAUGGAGGAAUUAAUCGAGAUUUUGGAUACAAACAUGUGGUGUGAAUGUCUACAAAGCCAGCAUGCAUAGGAGCAGUGGGCCUGGGCAAAGAGUCACAUUGGUAGGAUCAAUAAAGAAUAAUAAAAAGAUGAA